GCCAGUACACGGCUGCAAGCUGACCAGCAGAAAUCAUGGCGACUGCAAGAAAGUUGCGGGUCGCAUUUAUUCACCCCGACCUUGGAAUCGGAGGAGCCGAAAGGCUCGUUGUGGACGCUGCACUUGGGCUGCAGGCUCUCGGGCACUCUGUUGACAUUUACACUUCGCACCACGAUAAGGAACACUGCUUUGAUGAGACUCGAAAUGGCACGUUGCGCGUACACCACGUCGUCCCCCCGUUUCCCCGCUCCUGGAAGGGCAAGUUCCACAUCUUACUCGCCCAUGCUAGACAACUGCAUUUAACAAAAUUUUUGUUGAGUUCACGCGUGGACCAGCACGACAUUUUCUUCGUAGACCAACUGUCGACGUGUAUACCGUUGUUGCGGUUUUGUGGGGGAAAACGCGUCGUGUUCUACUGUCAUUUCCCAGAUAAGCUCCUCGCUAACGGUGCAUUCGUCGAGGGGAAAGUGCUGAAGAGGAAAGUUGGGAUAUUAAAGCGAAUCUAUCGAUACCCUAUGGACUGGCUGGAGGAAGCGACAACGGGACAGGCCGAUGUCAUUCUUGCUAACUCCAAAUUCACAGCUCGAGUGACGAUGGCUCACUUUAGCUCUCUGAAAACGUCGCCCGAGGUAGUAUAUCCGGGUAUCAACAUCCAUGCAUACCAAGCUUCAGUGGAUAUGACGGAUCCCGAUAUUGUUCAAGUUACUUCUCCAAGACCGACGCUCCUGUCUCUCAACCGUUUCGAAAUGAAAAAGAAUGCAGCACUCGCCAUAGAAGCAUUUUUCCGUCUCAGAGGGAAACCCACGGUGCCCGACAACAUGCGACUCGUCCUUGCUGGUGGCUACGACCCACGUCUCGAAGAUAACAUCCGAACCCUCAGCAAUUUGAUCGAUCUCGCGCGAGCGUGCAACCUCACAUACAAAGUAAUUACACCCUCCAAAUCCAGCGCUCGCGCCCCCUCUUUCCCAGACGCAACCUCACACACGGAACCAGACGUUCUCUUCCUCCUCAAUUUCACGACCGGACAACGAUCAGCACUUCUCCAAGCCCCCUCGACGGUCGCACUUCUCUACACGCCUGCGAACGAGCACUUUGGGAUCGGACCCGUAGAGGGCAUGCUUUGUGGAUUGCCUGUUCUGGCAUGCGACAGCGGUGGGCCAACAGAGAGUAUCGUUGACGGUCAGUUAUCAGAAAGGACGGGGUGGCUCCGCACGCCCGAUCCGGGUGUUUGGGCAGACGCGUUAGAGGAUAUAUGCCGACUGUCAGAGGUGGAGCGAGCUGCCUUGACGCGUCGAUGUAAGGACCGGGCGAUGUCGAUGUUUGGGAUGGAGGCCAUGGCAAAGGCGAUGGACGUCUCCCUCCGUGAGGCGGUUGACAUGGGUGCUAUCCACACGUCGAUGAAGGAGGUUGGGUUUGCACUCGCAUUCGUGGUUGGCUUGAUUCUUACUAUCAUAUUUCGUCUAUGACCUGAGAACGGCACCGUGGACAUAGGGAUGUUUGAUCAGGAGUAAAAUGAAUGUUUUGUUUACCCCCAUCGUUCUCGUCAAACUUGCAUGACAGAACAUCCCAGUCGACACCUUAACGAGAUUGUCAUCGCAAGAGUAUGCUCCGAAACAGGAUAUGUAUCACGGAAUAACUUACACCCUCUUUUAACUCACACGUCUCGAUCAAAGCUCCUGCAACAAAUCCUUCGUCGCAUUCGCCUUCGUAUCGUCCCUCACGCUUCCAACCACCGUCUCCGUCUCCAACACGAGUAUUCACCUUUGCACUCCGAUCUGCAACGG